GUCAAGUGUAAAAUUUCAAGUAGUAGAUUGACUCUCGCGUAAGUUAAAUCUUGCUUUGUAACCCGCGAGUUGUUAUUUUGUUAUGCGAGUUGUUGUUUUGUUAUUUUGCCAACUUGUACGGAUUGAGUUAAACAAAUGACCACCAUUUCCCACUUCGUCUGCCUUUGUUGUGUUCUUCAAUCUGUGAUUUGGCCCGUGAAAGGAACAUAUUAUAUUAAGCCAACAGGUAAGUUUUAAAUUUAAUUUGUUGUUCUAAAUAAUAAGAAGCAGAUGUCGGAAAGGUGUGUUAAUGCACCGCAAAAAACAAAUCGUGAAAUACAGGAAGCAGCUUAUAGCAUUUGAACUUUUUUUGCUUUAAUUCUAUUCUGACAGAUUUUAAUUAAGUUAAAUUCACUUCAGGGAUAAUGGUUCCUUAUUAUCUAUCCCGCGGUGAACUCCUCAAGUGUUAAACCUCAAUUAACUUUCUUGGUCUGCUUGAAAAGUUCACCCACCGACACAAGCAAGGAAGUUUCUUUGUAGGGAAGUGAAAGCCGAACUCCACAGAAAAAAGUGAAUGUAAUGGCCAACUUUAUUAUUUUUACAAUUUUAUCAAUGGUGACAGGAAUAAUCUCUGACUGUCAAUAGCUUUUAUGGGAAAGGCGUCCAUUCAGGUUGUUGUUGCAGACCUAGCUAGCUGCAAUAACAAGCCUUAGCUGAUUCUGGAAAUGGAAGCCGAUGACACCGUUUUCAUUGUCGCUGAAAUUCCUAACAAACAGCUGUUUUAGGAAGACCUCGAAAUGUUGUACGCUUUUUUCCAAAGGGAUUGCAUAUUGAGCGUUAUUCAGUAGUUUUGCACCUCGAUAAGCACGUUAAGCAAAACAAUCAAACAAACAAAAGGAUAUUAAAAUAUUAAGAUUUAAGAUAUUAAUAAGCCAGAUAACCAAUCAAACAAUCAAAUACGGUGAAUUCGAAGGACUAACUCCAAAAUUCGGGCCCUCAUAGGAAAUGGACACCUAUACUUCAGUGUGUCCAAUCUUUAAUCCAAAAUAACAAAGCCAAAAUUAAAACCAAGUAAAGGUACCUGAUAAACACAGGUAAUGUCUCUGCUUAUUCACCAUUAAAUCCGUCCUGUCCCUUUUUAAGAUAAAAUUUACUUGUCCUCUUUUGAUGGAAAAUUUAGAGCUCCAGCUUGAGGUCUGAAGGCUGCGUAGGGCUAUUCAUGAGCUUUUUUUGUCAAUUACGCUUGAGCUAAGAAUUAAUGAGAACAAGAACAACACAAACAAACCAACCACCGAAAACACGCUUUUUGGAAAGUAGAAAUUAGCGUAUGGGCAACUCCGCCUUAGAUGUUUUUUGUAAAAGAAAUAACCAAGUUAAAUAAAUAGGUUGUGUAAUUUGAUUGUUUCUUUUGAUAUGCAGGCCGAUAUGAGAUUACGGAGAUACCGCUACCUUCGUCAGUUAUUGAGCAGCUAGAGCAAAACAAUAGAUAUUCACCAGUACAAGGUCCUGUAACACCGACUGGUGUGAUGAUUCAAACAGCUCCAACUAUACAUAUACAAGUACCAAAACCAGGUAUUGUUAAAAAUCAUUUAAUCGAUCUAUUACUGAUGAAUCAUUCUGUUGACCUUGCUGUGAUUCCAGUUCAACUAACCUUCAGCUCGCUUAGACUUAAGAUAGUCACAAUUAUUAUAUCUCGGUAGUUGAGCAUGUUAGCAUUUCUUUUUUUUUUUGUAUAAAUGGAAUCAUUGAAAUUGGUGAAUAGGAGAUUUUGAACAACAAUGGAAUGUAUUUCAUAAAUGCACCUUUCAUUGAGAGAGUUUCAAAACUCAUUUAAAUGUUUUUCAAGCUUGGAAAAUACCGUAACGUAAUUUCGAAUCUAAUGGUCAAAACCUAGAAGAGAAGGAGGUUUUUUCCAAAGUUGCGAAUCAUGAAGGCACUAUUUUUGCUAUAGCCCAAGAUUUAGAUUUCAAAUGUUUGAAAAUAUUUAACAGAGCUUUCAUCACAAUGUAAAAAAACUAUUUUCCUGGUUUUUAUUUAGUUUCAUGCCCCCCACCCGCUACCUGUCCAUGUCCAUGUCCACAGCCUUCCCACACAGGAAAUUUGGCGUCCUCUCUGCGUCCACUUCCCAGGAAUGACAACGAGACCAAGAACUGUCCAUCUCUGUGUAUUUGUGUUUGUACCGACGCUAUUCAAACUAAAAUCAAAUUUCCAAACGUCCCUGGAGGUCAGAUUCCAGUAAUCAGACCUUCUAAAUCUGGUUUGGAGCCAAGUUUUAGUUCCGUAACAUCCCCAAGCCAGUUUAGGGGUACAGUGGUUCCCAGUGUACAAACAGCAGCUGGUGUCACUCCCAAGAUUCAAAUGCCAUCAUCCAGCUCAACGGUCUCUUACAUCGCCCAACAAAGCCCUAGCUACCUCACUUGCACUAGUAUUGGAGGUACUAAUUUCUGUAGUAGUUAA